CACUGAUGGGAUCUUCAUAAACCCUCGAGUUCUCUCUCCGGCGAAGAAGACGAUGGAAACCUUCGCUUUGGCUUCCCCCAAAAUCCCCUUCUUUGCUACUUCUCCGGCUCGCCGCCGCCCAUCGUAUGACGUUCCUGGGAGGGGAAUCUUCCGAAGCGGAGGCACGAGGAGGACCGGCCUUGUGCUCGCCUCGCUUAAUCGGGGAACCGGCGAUGAAACCUCUCAGAGGAUCUUCAGAAUUGGGUUUGCUAGCAUUUCAUCUCCAACUGACAAUUCUACGACAACAACCACCACCACCAGCGGAACUCCUCAAAUCACUAUUCCUCAGACUUCAUCAAGCUUAGGAUCACCUCUUUUUUGGAUAGGAGUUGGUGUUGGAUUGACAGUUUUAUUCACCACGGUCUCGUCAAAGUUAAAGAGAUAUGCAAUGCAACAAGUUGUUAAGACUAUGAUUGGUCAAACAGCAACAAGUAAUGGUGGGUUAAGUAAUGCUCCUGGGUUUCCAGGCACUCAAUUUCCAUUUCCUCCCAUAGCACCAUCAGCUCCACGGGCCACUUCAUCAACACCAGUUGCUUCACAAUCGGUAGUUACUGUGGAUGUCCCACCAACGAAAGUGGAUUCGAUUCCAUCAGUCAAUGAUGAGAUUGGCAUAGCACAGGAACCAAAAAAAUAUGCUUUUGUUGAUGUUUCCCCAGAAGAGGUGCAGAAGGAAUCAUUUGAAAGCUAUAAAGCAACAACUAAGGAUGCAGCCACAGUGGAAGUUUCACCAAAUGGUGCUGCUGUCAAAACGGGUAAAGCGGCCUCUAAUGAUCAGUCUAGUCAACCUGCAUCUGGAUUAUCAGUUGAAGCAUUGGAGAAAAUGAUGGAAGACCCAACUGUGCAGCAGAUGGUCUAUCCCUACCUACCUGAGGAGAUGAGGAACCCAACUACUUUUAAGUGGAUGCUACAGAAUCCACAAUACCGUCAGCAAUUGCAAGAUAUGCUCAAUAAUAUGGGUGGAGGCAGUGAAUGGGACAAACGCAUGAUGGAAUCCAUGAAAAAUUUUGAUCUUAGCAGCCCUGAGGUGAAGCAACAAUUUGAACAAAUAGGGCUUUCUCCAGAAGAAGUUAUUUCUAAGAUUAUGGCCAAUCCUGAUAUCGCUAUGGCAUUUCAAAAUCCAAAAGUGCAGGCUGCCAUCAUGGAAUGUUCACAGAAUCCACUUAGUAUAACAAAGUAUCAAAAUGAUAAGGAGGUUAUGGAUGUAUUCAACAAGAUAUCGGAGCUCUUCCCCGGGAUGACCGGUUCUUGAAAUCCUUCAGAUGGUCUGACUCGCAGUUUUGCUUGCUUAAUGUGAUAAAUUUGUCAGCCUGUGCCUGCAUAAUUGAGGAAUGACAAAUCUAUACUCCCCAGAAGAUCAUGUU